GCUGUAGGCUGUGUUGUUUUUUUUUUUUUUGGGCCGCCUGGAAGGGAGCGCGUUCGAGGCUGCAGCGAGUUCAUGUUUUCACGGUGUUUUGUCUGACGGCCGACUUUUUGUGUUCCCGCCCACUGCUUUAACGUUGCCGCGAUGCUUUUCCCGGGUUGUCACUGCAUCGACUUGCGUGUUUGGCGUGGCGUGUGUUGUCGAACUCAUCGUGUAUUGUUGCAUGGUUUCGUCCUUUUUGGCAACAGUCAAUGGUUUGUGUAAUGCACAAUCAUUUUUGGAGAAUUUUGCAGUCGAAGCAUAUGGGAAGCGGAAGCUGCGUUCUCAAUUUCUUCAAGCCGCAGUGAAUGCGUCCAAGGACUCUGUUGCAACUAAAGCUCUUGAGGAGAUUCGCAACGCAAUCCAUCUGCCAAGAAAAAAAGAUGAGCCGGUGCAACUUGUUGACAUUUACAAGGUUGCACAGGUGCCAUGCGGAACAUGCAAACAGCGGGAUAUGUUUGAUGAUAGUGAAGAUGCAGAAGCUGAGGAGCAGCUGAGAGAGGCAAAGAUUUUUCUAAGCCUUUUGAAAUCUUUCAAUGAGCACAACCCACGGUGGUCUGCCAUCGUGGAUGGUGUGGCAAAGGUUGAUGUUGUUGUGGCUUUUGCCUCGGUCGUUGACUCUUCCCAUGCGACUUACUGUCGCCCUACAUUUGUUCAAAUGUCAUCAGAAGAUGUCAGUGGUUUAAGUGCUUCUGGAAGCAGUCUGGAAAUCAUCGGCCUACGUCAUCCGUAUGCAGUAGGUGGGUGUGUUGCCCUGGGUCGCCAAGAAACUCCAGUUGUCCCCAAUGAUGUCAGAUUGGGAGUGAUAGAACGGCUAUCCGACGACCAAUCUGUCGGGAGCAGAAAGCAGUCCUUGGACGGAUCAGAUCGACCAGGUGCAACUGAUGGAAAAUGGCGUCCUCGAACGAUCCUGCUCACAGGGCCUAACAUGGGAGGCAAAUCAACGUUGCUCCGUGCCACUUGUCUUGCUGUCAUUAUGGCGCAGAUUGGGUGCUAUGUGUCUGCAGAAAGGUGCACUCUCUCACCUGUGGAUGCCAUUUUCACCAGGCUAGGCGCGCGGGAUAAUAUACUCGCCGGAGAAAGUACAUUUAUGGUGGAGUGUAACGAAACUGCAUCCGUCCUUCGAGAUGCCACAAGUAAUUCUUUGGUUGUCCUGGACGAGCUGGGACGAGGUACAUCCACUUUCGAUGGGUACGCGAUUGCAUAUGGGGUUUUGAAGCAUCUGACAUCCAAACUUGAUUGCCGGCUGCUCUUCGCUACGCAUUAUCAUGGCUUGACUGUGGAAUUCGCUCAAGACAAAUUGAUUAGACUCCAAUACAUGGAUUCUCUAGUCCGAUUGGAUCCGGAAUCGGUUGGAAGCAGUGAUAUGAACGAGCCAACAAAAUCGGUAACAAACCCGCUGGAUGGGAACGCCGCCCAUCCAAAGGGUGAGAAGGUGUCAUCAGGAAGGCCUGAGAGGUCGCAACAGAAACCAAUGCGGCAGCUCGUCUUUCUCUACAAGCUGCAGGAUGGUGUCUGCCCUCUGACUUAUGGUCUUCAGGUCGCGCUGCUGGCAGGGCUCCCUGCAAAGGUGGUUGUUCGAUCAAAGAAAGCCUCGGCCAUCCUUGAGAAUGCGCUUAAAGAAUCAUUCGAGAGGGCUGCGUAUGAGGACGAUCCAUUUCCAAAGCUUCACCGCAGCUGGCUCCUUGAUACUGUCAGCUAUGCGAGAUCAUUACACAGCAGCCAAGGUGCUGAUGACGAUGCGUUUGAUAUUAUAUAUUGCAUUCAGCAGGAAAUGAAACACUCGUCCAUAUGAACGUGGGUGCAUGUGUGUCACACACACAGAGAGAGAGAGAGAGAGAGAGAGAGAGAGAGAGAGAGAGAGAGAGAGAGAGAGAGAGAGAGAGAGGAGAAUGGCCACAUAGGUAGAUAGUAGCAAGGAGAACUGUUUCUGAAGUUUGAAACAGUAGAAAGGAACCAGGAAGGCGCACUUGAUAAUGGGCAGGAUGUGGUUAUCAUAUCAUGCCGAUGGGGUCCUCUUCACGUAUCUUCCUCUUGGGAGUCCUCUCACAAUCUCCCUUCGCUGCCAGCUUUGUAUAUAUCUAUCGCCUGCUGGGUCAUGUGGUCAAUCGGCAACAGUGGCGAAAGGCCAAUUCGGCCAAUUCCUAGG